CGUCCGUCCUGUCUCCGCCAGGGAAGCUGCGCUACGCCAACAACAGCAACUACAAGAACGACGUCAUGAUCCGAAAGGAGGCCUACGUGCAUAAGAGCGUGAUGGAGGAGCUGAAGAGGAUAAUCGACGACAGUGAAAUCACAAAAGAAGAUGAUGCUUUAUGGCCUCCUCCUGACAGAGUUGGUCGACAGGAGCUUGAAAUAGUAAUCGGUGAUGAGCACAUCUCCUUUACCACGUCAAAAAUCGGUUCACUCAUUGACGUAAAUCAAUCCAAGGAUCCAGAAGGCUUGAGAGUGUUCUACUACCUGGUUCAGGACCUUAAGUGUCUAGUCUUCAGUCUUAUUGGACUACACUUCAAGAUUAAACCAAUUUAAAUCAAACAAACUGGUUUAUAUUGCAGUAUCGGGGGGGGGGGG